AUGGCGCUCGCGCGGAGCGGAAGCGCGAGAGACGACGGUGGACGUGCGCGACCUGUGAAGAGCGUGUCGUUCGCGCGCGCGAUAUCGACCACGAUCGCGUGCGAGGACGAGUUUUUUAUGGAUCCGGGCGAGCAGACGGGGAGUCACAAGGCGAGUGCGAGACGGCGCUCGGACGCUGACAAGGAUGGCGGACGCGAGCACGGCAGGGGACUCGAUGGGUCCACCAGAGGAGCGUUCGACAACACUCGGAUGAUUCUGAGCGAGGAUAUAUUCGGUGUAGAUGCGAAGGGGAAUCGGAGCGGGCGCUCGCGCGGCAGAGAAUGA